AGGCACAGCCCGCACCAGGAGGGGAGUCGCCGAGGUGCCGAGGAGGGGAGGCGCGGAGCUCCACUGGCUGCGCCGGGGCCCCUACCACUCGCAGCGGACCCUCCGCCAAUAACAGAGGCGCUUUCUUAUGAUGUCAUCAGAAGAGGAGGCCGAAUGCUUCGGGUUGUACGGAGAUAAACUGCUGAAGAAGACAAAGCGCACGAGGCAGCGAGUGGACGCGGGCGAGCCCAGGAACAGCUACUCGUCCAUACCGAACUUCAGUUCGCGACCGAGCUUCCUCAGCGGAGGACUUUACGGCGCCAUUUUCAGCCAAAGCCAGCAACACUUCGGCCUGUUCGGGCCGGCGGCGUUCGCGCCCGCCAAGAUGCUCAACGAGCUGCUCGGCAGGCAGGGAGUGAAGACAGACGGAGGCGGCGGGGGCGGCCAGGCGGGCGGCGGGGGCGUCGCCACCAGCGCCGGGCCCGACGUCAUGAUGGACAACAGCGCCGGCGGCGACUCCAAGGGCGCCUUCGACUGCCUCAACGCCACGUCGGUGAUCCGACGCGGGCUCGACGGCGAGGACACGACGGGCGCGGGCAGUCCGCCGCCGGGCGACCUGGCCCACCACAUGCUCAGGGACAUCCUGCAGGGCCGCAAGAAGGACCUCCUCGGCCUCGACCUGCACGACCUGCGGGGUGACCCGGGCUCCCCGGACAAUAACAACAGCAUCACCAGCAACAACAACGACCUGUUGCUGCAGCUCAAGAACGGCGACGUCACGUCCGAGGGCAUGGGCGACAAGGAAGUGGCCAUGAACGGCAGUGACGGCGAGGUGCAGAGCGGCGAGGAGGAGUCGACGACGGCCGUCGAGGAGGCGCUCAACGAGGUCGCCGGCGCCGUCAGCAAGCAGAUCUCCAAGGAGAUCAAGAAGGAGAUGGAGGAGGCGCUGAACGGCGGCGCGAGCUCUGACACGGAGCAGUCGCUCGCGUCUCCCGCAUCCGACUCUGGGAAUCGAGUCAAGGACGAGACGGAGAGCGACGCGCAAUCCGGCGACAAGGACGGCAAGGACAAGGACGUCCCGUCGCCGUCUUCGGGGCAACAGUCGCAACAGCAGCAGCACCAAUCCACCAGCACGACGCCGAACAGCCAGCACAAGCCUUCGGAACAUAUGGCUGAGCUGAAGCGAGCGCGCGUGGAGAACAUCGUGUCGUCGAUGCGGUCGAGCCCUGUGCCGAUCGCGGUGAACGGCUGUAAGAAGAGGAAGCUGUACCACCCUGUCCAGCACGACAGCAGCAGCCAGCAGCAGCAGCAGCUUCACCUGUCUGCAGGGCUGGGACUCCUCAUGGACGAUGAAGACGACCUGUUAAUCGAACCGCCAGAGGUGCGCCAGAAGCGAGUCGAAAAGAACGCCCUGAAGUCGCAGCUGCGGUCGAUGCAGGAGCAACUGGCCGAGAUGCAACAGAAAUACGUUCAGCUGUGCACGAGGAUGGAGCAGGAGUCGUCGGAUUGUGCCGACAUGGACGACGGAGUUCCCAUGACUGCUGUGCCGCAGCAGCAACCUCCGCCCCCGGUCGCUAUGCCGCAGCAACCCCCGGCGAUGCCUCCCGUCGGCGUGCCGGAUAAGAACGUAACUCCCAAGCCGUGCUCUCCGGCGAACAGGUUACCCGUUCCCAAAAUGGGACAGCAACACCAUAUGAUGCAGACGAUGAACGGCGGCAUGCCGAUGAUGCACCACCAACAACAACAACCACAGCAACAGCCGCCGCAGCAGCAGCAACCGACGCCGCAGCAGCAGCAACAAAUGCACGAGGGCCACCCUCAGAUGGCGCAGCACCACCAACACCACCACCCCCUCAGCAACGCCGCUGCCAUGUACCUGGGCGUCAGCCACAAGCUCUUCUUGGAGCAGGAGAGGAUGGCCAAGGACGCAGCAGCGGCGGCUGCCGUGGCGGAACAGCAGCACCACCACCACCAGCAACAACAGCAACAACUCGCCGCCCAGCAGCAACAGCAACAGCAACAACAGCAGCAGCAGCAGCUGGCUGCACAGCAGCACCAUCAGCAGCAACAGCAACAAGCUGUCGCACAGCAGCAGCAGCAACAACAGCAGCAGCAACAGCAGCAGCAGCAACAGCAACAACAACAACAACAAGUUGUGCAGCAGCAGCAGCAAAUGAAGAGCUCUGCUGUCUCGGCGGACUUUUCUGAACGCUUCACCAUGUUCCGCAACAGCGUGGCCGCCGCCCCAGUUUCCGGCGCCGAUCUCGAGGGCCUCGCAGACGUCCUCAAAUCGGAGAUCACCGCCUCGCUGUCGAGUCUCAUCGACUCGAUCGUGUCCCGGUUCGUGCAGCAGCGGCGUUUCAAGCAGUCGGAAGCAGCGGCUGUGGCCGCCGAGCAGCUGAAUAAGGACCUCCUGCUGGCGUCGCAGCUACUCGACAGGAAGAGCCCCAGGACUAAGGUCAUCGACCGUGGAGACGUGUGCUGUGCUGCAGGUGGCGGCGGUGGUUCGGCGCCAGGCACGCCCCGCGUCAACGGCACGGCGUUCCCCAGCAUGGCGAUGACGCCGCAGUCGGCGGACGGCGGCUUGGGCGGGGGCGGCGCCGGGGGCGGCGACUCGAGGGACGGAGUACCCGAACAGAACGAGGCGCUCAGCCUCGUGGUCGCGCCCAAGAAGAAGCGGCACAAGGUGACGGACACGCGGAUCACGCCGCGCACCGUGAGUCGCAUCCUGGCGCAGGACGGGCCGGACCCCAGCAAGUACGGCGGCAUGAUGGCGCCGGGCCCGGGAGCGGGCGCCGACUCGCCGCCGCCGCAGCCGCCGCAGCAGCCGCAGCAGGUGGGAGGCGUUCCUCCGCAGGCAGUGUCGCAGCGGCCGUACCACCCCCCGCCCCCGCCACCCAUCAUGCCGGUCUCGCUACCGACCUCUGUGGCCAUCCCCAACCCGUCACUGCACGAGUCGCAGGUCUUCUCCCCGUACUCGCCCUUCUACGGCGGACAGCAGCAACAGCAACAGGUGUCCGGCGCGCAGGCGGGCGGCCCCGUGGCGGUGCCGCCGGUGCAGUCGGCGGGCCAGCAGGCGGUGCAGGUGCCGGUGGGCGGCCCCGGGCAGGCGGGCCCCGGCGCGAUGCACCUGGGCGGCGGCGCGGGGGCGGGCUCGCCCCCCGGCGGCGCCGUGGCGGGCGCAGAGUCGCCGCCGCUGCCGCCCCCGCACCCGCAGUCGCUGCUGCACCCCGCGCUGCUGGCGGCCGCGCAGCACGGCGCCUCGCCCGACUACUCGCACCUGCGCGCAGCCUCCGACGCCGUCGACAGGAACUCCGACUGCAACUCCGGCGAGGGGCCCUACGACGGCAUUCAGCCUACAAUAUCCUUUUGCUCCAAGCUGUACGUGAACUCGUCGACGUUGACGCCGAUGCACCUGCGCAAGGCGAAGCUGAUGUUCUUCUGGGUGCGCUACCCCAGCUCGGCCGUGCUCAAGAUGUACUUCCCAGACAUCAAGUUCAACAAGAACAACACGGCGCAGCUCGUCAAGUGGUUCUCCAACUUCAGGGAGUUCUAUUACAUCCAGAUGGAGAAGUAUGCGAGACAGGCGGUCAGCGAAGGCAUCAAGAACGCAGACGAUCUCCAUGUGGGUGCAGACUCGGAGAUCUACCGAGUCCUCAACCUGCACUACAACAGGAACAACCACAUAGAGGUCCCCUCGAACUUCCGGUUCGUAGUGGAGCAGACGCUGAGGGAAUUCUUCAAGGCCAUCCAGGGCGGCAAGGACACGGAGCAGUCGUGGAAGAAGUCGAUUUACAAGAUAAUCUCGAGGCUGGACGACCCCGUGCCCGAGUACUUCAAGUCGCCCAACUUCCUGGAGCAGCUGGAGUAAGCGCGUCCGCCCGCUAACACCGAGGACAGCCCCAGCCGGUGCCCUGGACGGGCGCCGUCCCGCUCCACUCCUGCGGCCGCCACGUGUCUCCCCGCCAAGCCUCCGCGCGGGCAGACUCGGCUGCAGUCCUCAGCGUCGCUCCGCGUCGGCUGCAGGACCAGCCGGCUGGCGGCGCAGGAGUCUCCAAGACGCUCUCCACUUGCCCCGACGGUGCUGCCGCAUCCGAGGACCGCGCCCUGCUCGUGUACAUAAGGAAGACCACCGAGGCGUACGUCCGCCGCCGCGUGUUGCCACUGUGUAAAGCAAUUAUUGUGGUACUGUCUUCCCUUUUCGUGUAUGUAAAACCAAGAAAAGAAAAAACACAGACAGAAACGUACGAGGGAAGAACACGAACACUUUGUCACGGGGCGGACACGCCAAGAAGUCACGUGUGGUACCGAUACGACCAAAGAUAACAAAAGAUCCUUUAUAGAUAAUUAAAAAAAUGAGUUUGUUAAUUUGUGCUAGUCGUUGAGUGAUGUGUUUUGAAACGAGUCGUUGAACACUCUGUGCGAGACGCCAAAAAAAAAAGUUGUUUUUACCUUCCUCUCUCACGGACUCGGGAAGUUGCGUCAAAGUUGCUAUUGUUAUAUAAGUUGUAAUUAUUAUUAUUACAAUUGUUUGUGAACCCCAUUGCGGGAGGGAUUGCCCACAAGCGCAGCACGUUAAGCACAAACUGUUAGCCGUAGUGACGUCACCUGAUCUCACGCCCGCUGCUUCCGCAAAAGGGCAAUCUGUCACUCUGGCACGUGGGCUGCCCGUGGUUAAACUUCCUAGUCAAAAAUCAAGUUGUUUGUCUUAGGUUAAUGCAAUGUUUAUAUCAUGUGGUGCAGUGGAAAGAGGAAAUAACGUAUUCCAGAUCUUUUUGCCUUCUCAUGUUAAAAACGACGGUGUAACUGAUUUUGUGAUAUAUACGCGAUUGAAUUUUGCAUUGAAAAUUUUUAUAACUGCUUUUAAGUAAGAAGUUAAAAAAAACUGGAAUUGUGGAUAGAGAUUUAUGUAAAUUUUCCUCGAGUUGAGAACGUGUUUCAGUGAGGACAUGCAACAGAGGGCAAGGAGUAUUUGUGGACACCAUCUCUGCGACGGCGGAGAAGAAAGACUGUGCGGUGCUGUGCAGUGCAAAAAGAAAACUUUUUUCCUUUUUUCGUAGGGAAAGGGACCAUCGAGUAACUAAAAGAAAUGUGAUUGUUGGGGGAAGGUGGUAAAAAUGUGGAUAAAAGAAUUCCGAACUGUCGCGGAAGGGAUUUAUUAGAAAAAAAUUUAAAAAUGGACUCUCCUCGAGAAAUUGUAAGAACAUUUCAAGAAAUGUGAACGUCAGGCUGGAUAAUGGUAGCAACUGGCCGAUUAAUUUCUCUAUUUUAAAAUAAUAUGCAUACAAUUCUACUGCCGAUUGUAUCAAUAGUAACUUCAGGAACCACAAUUUACAGUUACCUUCAGUGCAAUCUUCGUUUCCUAGUUGUGUACUUGAGUUCCAACAGCUCUCGUAUGGUAAUGCUUUCCUUUAUAAAUGAUUGUCUUCGUUAAAAAUAAAAAAAAGGUACUUGGUCGCUGAACAGGGGCAAGGGGGCCCCAUAGAACGACACUGCUUCAGGCCGACCGAUCCAUUCUGUCAGGUUACAAAUUUCACCACACUACGCUGCCAGUGUUUAGGGGGAAAAAAAUUAGGAGAGAAAGAGAGAGAGAGAGAGAGAGAGAGAGAGAGAGAGUGAGGGAGGGAGAGCGAGGGAGAGGAUUCAGGGAAAGAUAGAAGAUAUAGUAUAUGUAUAAAUAAAAAAAAUUAUAUAUAGAGAGAAAGAGAUAAAUUAUGUGGUAGGGAGAUGUGGAGAUGGGUGUAACCUAAGAUGGUGACGAGGGAGAUGAAGCAAAAAGAAACCAAAGUGUCCUUUAAGUUCCGGACUGAUGAGACCGCCAACUGUUUACCGUAAAUAUGGCGUCUCAGCAGUUCUGGUACCUAGUCAUCACCAAAAAAUGAUCGUAAACAAACUAUCAACAAGCCAGAAGCACAUACAGUAUCCAAACGACAGGUGAUCACUCACACAAACACAGAAACAAACACACACACACAGCUUUGACAGUGGCGGUACUCGACGCCGUCCCCGCAUCGUACACACAUUCACACACACACGCAGACACACACACACACACACACACGCAGAGCCGAGUCGUUGAUCGCAGUAUCGCCGCUCCUACGCAGUGUCCUAACCCCCUCCCCGGGCCGCCGCGAGCUGUUGCGCGCCUCUUAUUGUAUUUUAAAAAAAACAAAAGCGCUUCUUGCAAAAGAAAAAUGUUGCCAGUGCAUGUACUGGGAUUUUUUACGUAAUAGUUUUGUUUGUACUCUUUUUUCCCAUAGAAAAACUGACAUUGUUGACUCCUAUGGUGAUUGUUACCCCCUGUAGUUUUUACCGCUUCCGAUGGUUGUUGUAGCAUUUGACAGGGAGCUAACCCUUAACAAGGUGGUGGUAGCGGUGAGGAAUGUUUUCUCUCGUUGGGUUCGUCUGAAAUACAGCGGAGGUGGCGCACCCAACUAUACCGGACUAAUUUCGCGGUUACUUUACAGGUACAACACUACAAAUAACACAUAUUAUAGACAGCCGAUUCUGUUACUGUUGCAGUGCAGACCAUAUGAACAGACUUUAUUUCCCGAACGCAACAAUUUUUCAAAUGCACACGGACCAUUUGGACCUACAAACACCCUCCCCAUUUUUGUGUGUCGGCGUUCUUUUUAUCAACGGUGCAAUAUUUUUUUUAAUUCAAAAGACCUUGGUCCCCAGCCUUUGAUAGCGAUACUUAGAAAAACAGAUUUGGCAAGUUUUAGUCCUGUGUUUAAAAAUACCUUUAUCGUUUUGCAAUGAAAGAAAAAGAGGUCUCGGCAAUGUUAGGAUUCCCGUUCGAACCUUGUCACAGAAAGUACAAGCUUAUUUAAAAAGCACCUUCGCGCCUUAUCUUUAUGAUAAAAGAGUAAGCGAAAUAAAAUUGUGUGUAAUUUUUACCAAAAUCUGCCUUACAUUCUAUUUUCUUACAGAAGUACCUAGUGUGAUGAUUUGCUGUAGACGAAAAACAGUUCUCACAUGUCUGGGUCUUGCCAUUCAGUACAUCCAUGUUUGUUUAGCAGCGCUCUACUACGUAUCACUGGCAACUGCCCCGAGGGUUGCUUCCGCCACUCGUUCGUACGUUCGUUCGUUAUUCAUAAACAGGCUGUUUCACAAUCUUCUAGUCCAUUUCGCAAAAUAGUCAUUCUUUUGAGUGUGAGAUGUAGUAUAUGUAAAACUGUUGGUAACUUUUGAGCGUUAUGGGAUACUUCCUUCAAGUUUGUUGUCUUUUUGUUUAAUAUGAAUAUAUAUAUAUAUAGAAAUAUAUGAACGAGUCGCUAUGCGACUCUAACUGGUGACUUUGAGGUUGCGUUCUACUUUUUACAGUUGUAUUUGAAGCGAAGACAUUGUACAGACAGAAUGGUGGCAUUACUCAGUUGAUGAAACGGCGGUACUGUUUAAUGCCGCUACCGGUUUGUGUUGUUGGCAGCCCUGCCCGGGGAACUCCGCCCCGCGGCCACUCAAUAGAGGACGCUGCUAGCUGGGGACCCCCUACAGUGUUCUCAAUUCUGAAAUAGCAUUUUUGAAACGGAACCAUAUUCACAAUACAGUGCUCGCAAUAGUCUGAAGGCAACUAAAACGAAACUCUCGUCUAAAAUAUUUCUGAUCAAGGCAAAAAAAACUCACUCAACAUACACACAGGGCCAACUCGUCCGAUCUAAAGUGCCUUCAAAAUGUUAAUUUUUUUAGAAAAAAAAGAAAAAAACAGGGCCCUAAAUAGACCAUUCUCGCCCCACCAAAACACUGUACUUGGUCUCCAGAGCAACGCCCUCUUUUCUGUAUCAUUUCGAAGGACCCAAAACGCAAAACUCAAGUUAUUAAGAUUGUUAUGCUGAGAAAUCAAGAUAAUUCCGUUUUACUGGUAUUUUACGCAAGUACCGCAUAUUUAAUUUAUUGGUUCUUAUUUAAUAUUGUAUUUACAGAGGUUUCAUAUGUGAUGCAUGUAAGAAACCGUAUAUCCAUGGUAUAGCAUUACUCUAGAAUGUAGGAAUACAUGAUUAUAAUGAUAAUAAUUACUUAAA